GUCUCGAUGCAGAGUUGUCCUAUGUGAGGAAUGAUGUGGUUAAUCACUAUGCCUUGUCCUUCAAUCUCCUAAUACCCAGCGAGACCAACAACCUGCACUUCACCUGGCAUGCCAAAUCCAAGGUUGAGUAUAAACUGGGAUUUCAGGUCCAUGAUCCUGUGGCUAUGGCUCUGCCCCAGGCCAACAUUUCCCUGCAAGGAGAAGUUCCUCGCACUGUCUCAGUGUUCCGUGUGGAGCUCUCCUGCACUGGCAGACUCGACUCCGAUGUCACGAUCCUGAUGCAGCUCAACUUAACAAUAAAUUCUUCCAAAAACAUCACAGUUCUCAACUUCAAACGAAGGAAAAUGUGUUACAAGAAGCUUGAACCUGAAGUCAAAUCUCCAGCAGCUGACAAAAACAGCAGCAAGGCUCUCUUUGACCCUGUAAACACAGCUCCCACCACCUCUACCCGGGUGUUCUACAUCAGUGUGGGAGUGUGCUGUGCUGUCAUAUUCCUGGUGGCAAUAAUCCUGGCUGUCCUGCACCUGCACAGCAUGAAAAGGAUAGAGCUGGAUGACAGCAUCAGUGACAGCAGCAGCUCCCAAGGGCUGUCCCAGCCUUCCACCCAGACGACCCAGUACCUGCGAGCUGACACCCCAAACAAUGCCACACCAGUAACCAGUUAUCCAACAUUACGGAUAGAGAAGAAUGAUCUGAAAAGUGUCACUCUCAUGGAAGCUAAAGCUAAAGUGAAGGACAUAGCCAUCUCCAGAGAGAGGAUAACCCUUAAAGAUGUGCUCCAAGAAGGCACCUUUGGGCGCAUUUUCCAUGGAAUUCUAAUAGAAGAGAAAGAUCCCAGCAAGGAGAAACAAGUCUUUGUCAAAACUGUGAAAGAUCAGGCCUCGGAGGUGCAGGUGACCAUGAUGCUGACAGAAAGCUGUAAGCUCAGAGGACUUCAUCACAGGAAUCUGCUGCCCAUCACUCAUGUCUGUAUAGAAGAGGGAGAGAAGCCGAUGGUGCUGCUGCCAUACAUGAACUGGGGGAACCUGAAACUCUUCCUGCGCCAGUGCAAGCUGGUAGAGGCCAACAACCCUCAGGCAAUUUCCCAACAGGACCUGGUACACAUGGCUAUCCAGAUUGCCUGUGGAAUGAGCUACCUGGCCAGGAGGGAGGUCAUUCACAAAGAUCUGGCUGCUAGGAACUGUGUCAUCGACGAUGCCCUGCAGGUGAAGAUCACGGACAACGCGCUGGCUCGGGACCUCUUCCCCAUGGACUACCACUGCCUGGGGGACAAUGAGAACAGGCCAGUGCGCUGGAUGGCCCUCGAGAGCCUGGUCAACAAUGAGUUUUCCAGUGCUAGUGAUGUGUGGGCCUUUGGGGUGACCCUGUGGGAGCUGAUGACGCUGGGACAGACACCGUACGUGGACAUCGACCCAUUCGAGAUGGCUGCGUACCUGAAAGAUGGUUACCGGAUAGCUCAGCCCAUCAACUGCCCCGACGAACUGUUUGCUGUGAUGGCCUGCUGCUGGGCCCUAGAUCCUGAAGAAAGACCCAAGUUUCAGCAGCUGGUGCAAUGCCUCACUGAAUUCCACGCCGCGCUGGGAGCCUACGUCUGACCCUGCAGCAGGAGGGGAGUUCCCUGCCUGGGACAAGGCCUGGCCUCUGCGGCUCCCUGCACCCCUGGGACUGACACACAUGAUGUGUAUAAAGCAGCACCAAAGGGAGAGAGCACUUCUUCCCACACACUGUGCCUUAGAAUGCCUUAGUAGUCUCAAGUUUGUUUUUUUUUAAGACCUCUUGGUGUUGAGUAUUUUCUAGAUCUCACUUUUGCUAAGUUAAAUCAAGGCCUUUUGGUUUGCCAUCAGGAUUUGUAAAGUGUAGUGCUAGUGACCUUCAGCGGGAGAUUUGGAUGGACUUGUUGCACUCUGACAACAGACAGGUGAUUCCUUUGGAAGGGUCUAUGGACCUGGU